GCGGCGGCGGUGGCUGUCGGACCUGCGCGGCCCCGGAGCUCCAGGCGCGCGCACAGCUCUCGCCCCCCUCCGCGGCGCUCUCGCACACUCCCGCCGGGUUCCGGAGCCGCGUCGCCGCCGCCACUGCCCCAGCCCCUGGGAGCCCAGUCGCGCCAUGUCGUCGCCUCCCGAAGGGAAACUAGAGACUAAAGCUGGACACCCGCCCGCCGUGAAAGCUGGUGGGAUGCGGAUUGUGCAGAAACACCCCCACACGGGAGACGCCAAAGAGGAGAAAGACAAGGAUGACCAGGAAUGGGAAAGCCCCAGUCCGCCCAAACCGACCAUGUUCAUCUCUGGGGUCAUUGCCCGGGGUGACAAAGACUUCCCUCCAGCAGCCGCCCAGGUGGCCCACCAGAAGCCCCACGCCUCCAUAGACAAGCACCCUUCCCCGAGACCCCAGCACAUACAGCAGCCGCGCAAGUGAGGGGGCACCCAGGCCCCGCUGCCCUCGCCAGGCCCUGCUGCCCUCACCAGCAGCACCCAGCCGCCCACACCUGACACCCAGCAAAGAGAACUAGCACUUUCUGCAAAAUACUGUUUCUUCCUUUGCCUUAAAUUUCCAUAUUUGAAACUAGGAAUGGCUCAAACCCCAAACUUCAUUGACAAGACAUCAUGCACCCCUAGAAAUACCAUCAGCAGAAUUUGCUAGAAUAUGAUUAAAAAGAAGCCAUUCAAACAUUAGUUUUAGUUCUGUUUCAGCAGUCACCCAGAGUCCCUAUCCGUGGUCUUAAAAACAAGAAGGCACAAACUCGGGAGGAUUAGAUUAAGAUUAGGGGAAAGCUCAAUCUUUCAUGCUUUUUAAAAUAGUAAUAGGUCAGUAAAGCCUUGAGAGCUGCAGGAGAGUAAGACGGGGAGAGAACAGAGACAGCAGAUUCCAGGCAAAGCCCUUGGAAACAGGUGAUGGCAACACUGAGCUCCCUCCCCUCCAUGCAGAGGGGACGGGGAGAGAACAGAGACGGCAGAUUCCAGGCAAAGCCCUUGGAAACAGGUGAUGGCAACACUGAGGCUCCCUCCCCUCCAUGCAGAGGGGACGCUGUGCGGGGUGACCAGGCACCUACAGGAAAAGCAGGUGGUUUUGAAAUGGCUCUUUUACUCCGGGAGUCACUGGGCCAACAAACAAGACUGUGGGCAGUUUGCUCAGGGUUCCCGGGAGUGAGCAUCAGCGUGGCGAGCCCUGCAUUGCACAGUGCAGGCUCCACAGGGGAUAUUGAGGCAAAUCUGUGAGUUGGGUUUUUGGUGGGGUUUUUUUUUUUUUUUUGGCAAUCUCCUCUAGAGCUGCUUUUGAGUUCUGGAAGUGACCACCGACCAGACCAAAGGAAUAGAUGUAUAGUUAAUUCUGGAACACCUGAACAGGAGAGUUGAACUCAUGGAAAGACUAGAUAAAAGCCUGCCUUCACCUUCUUAGGGACAUGAAACCCCACGUUCCAUGUGAGCUAGAGAAACCUGCUUGUUGACCCGUGUAGCUGCCCAGGAGCCUGGACAUACCAGCCUGAGUCCAUCUUCCCUCAGUACCCCAGAUUAUCCUCUGAUUUCUAUAGGGUUUCCUGCCUGGAGAUGCCCAAGACUCCCCUGGGCUAUAGGGUGUCCAGCUUUUCUGGAAAGCCAAAGGGAUCAUUUAGUCAGGUGUGAAAACCAUCCAGAGUGCUGCCUCCAGCCGCAUGGCUGAUGGUCCUGCCCAACAGCAGUGGACUUGGUCAGCGCAGCCAUGUGCUGUGAACAGUGUCCACAGUGCCAGCCUUCCAGAUGCCACUCUGCAGUCCCUUUCUGCCAGCUGGUGAGAGCAGCAGCAGACAUGGUCAGACCCAGCAAUCCCUCUCCCCAGAGGGCGAGGCACAGACUGGCCUCACAUUUUCAGUGUCUGCUUUUCCCAUCCAGAUGACUUGAGAAAAAUCCAUGUGUAACCUUCAAGGCUCUGUGUGGCCGCAUCUUGAAAUGUUGGUAUAAACUGCAGGUGGCUUUUGGAGACUCAGCCUUGAUCAGCAGCCCUGCCAUAGUAUGCCAAGCAGGCAGCCUCCUCCCCGGUGCCUUCUGCAGCCCACAGAAUUCAGGGGUGUCCUUAGUGCUUCUCAGUCCGCAUCUGGAGGAAGGGCCACUAUUCCCACAAGUGUGGCUUUUGGGUACUUUCAGCUGGGUCUGGCGUGCGUCUGCGGGUUCUAGAUCACUGAAUGCAAACUGUUUUCUGAAAUGAAUUUACCAAUUGUUAGCUUCGAGAACAAUCUUGAUUAUAAUAAAGCUUCUGCAUGUCUUCUCA